GAGAGAGAGAAGGAACGAUGUCGUUUUUGUAUGAGAAGAGUGAUACAUGGAGAUGGCUAGUGAGAAAGACGAGAGAUUCGAGAUCCUUCUUCUUCACGUUUGCUACAGUAUGCGGUGUGAUUCCUGGAAUCAUCGGCUAUGGAGUUAUGCAGGUCACUAAUUCCACUAAUCCGGAGCUUGAAGCCCGGCUCCGACAAUCCGCCCGACCCGAAACCGUCAUGAUGGGUAAAGUAAACCAGGAGAGGCUAGCUGAAUACCUCGGUGAGUUGAAACAGAAGCAGGAUACCAACGACAGAUACGUGGCUGCUCUAAGGGGAGAGACUCUUACCAGGAAGCCUUACCAAAGAAUUCAACCAGUGCCAAAGCCAAAUGACACGGUCACAACCAAACCUCAGUAA